CUUCAUCUUUUAACAAACGAACUAGUGCAUGAAAUAAUUUCUUCUUUGAUUGUUUCUACAUCAAAUCUUGUCUAAUGGAAUUGGGGAGUGUAUUGCAGUUUCUUGAGAACAAGACCAUUUUGGUCACUGGUGCCACUGGGUAUCUAGCAAAGAUUUUUGUGGAGAAAAUAUUGAGGGUUCAGCCAAAUGUGAAGAAGUUUUAUCUCCUUUUAAGAGCUGUAGAUGCCAAGUCUGCUGGAGAACGUCUCCAUGAUGAGGUCAUAGGGAAGGAAUUGUUUAAGGUUAUAAGGGAGAAACAUGGUGCAAGUCUACAUUCCUUUAUAUCAGAAAAGGUAACUCCUGUCGCUGGUGACAUCUCUUAUGAAGAGUUGGGAGUGAAGGACUGUUCUUUGAAGGAUGAAAUGUGGAGAGAAAUUGAUGUUGUGCUUAAUUUUGCUGCCACUACCAACUUUGAUGAGAGAUACGAUGUUGCACUUGGCAUUAAUACACUGGGAGCUUUGCAUGUCUUAAACUUUGCAAAGAAAUGUGUUAACGUGAAGAUGCUUGUCCAUGUAUCCACCGCUUAUGUGUGCGGCGAAGAUGCUGGACUGAUAAUGGAGCAACCAUACCAUAUGGGUAUGGCCAAAAGGGGUGACGAUAAAGUAGAUAUCAACUUUGAAAAGAAAAUGGUGCAAGAUAAAUUAAAUCAACUCGUAUUAGAAGAUGUUCCAGAGAAAGAAAUCACUUCAGCCAUGAAGGAUCUCGGCAUUGAGCGGGCAAGGCGUUUUGGAUGGCCAAACACCUACGUAUUUACAAAGGCAAUGGGAGAAAUGCUCGUGGUGAAUUUCAAUGAUGAUUUGCCCGUACUCAUUAUUCGACCCACCAUGGUAGCUAGUACUUACAAAGAACCAUUUCCUGGUUGGAUUGAAGGUGUAAGAACUAUUGAUAGCAUAAUUGUGGGCUACGGUAUAGGCAAAGUUUCGUGCUUUAUUUCUGGCCCGCAAGCAACUCUUGACGUGAUACCAGCUGACAUGGUUGUCAAUGCAAUUACCGUGGCCAUGGUAGCCCGUGCCAAACAACAUCCAGAGAACGUUUAUCAUUUAGGUUCUUCGUUGAGAAAUCCAGUGAAAUUCUCAAAUCUUCAUGAUUUUAGUUUUCGUUAUUUCAGUGAAAACCCAUGGAUUAAUAAGGAAGGAGAGGUUGUGAAAAUUGGCAGAGGAACUGUUUUUAGCAGCAUGUCUAAGUUCUACACAUACAUGACCAUUCGUUAUCUACUGCCAUUGAAGGCAUUGCAAUUGUUCAACACACUGCUAUUUAAAAGAUAUCAAGACGUAUAUACUGUUCUUGAUCGGAAAGCAAAGCUGGUGAUGCGUUUGGUAGACCUUUAUAAACCUUAUGUGUUCUUCGAGGGCAUAUUUGAUGACAUGAAUGCGGAGAAGUUGCGAAUAGCAUCAAGAGAGACUUGUCCUGAAGCAAAUGAUUUUGACUUUGAUCCUGUUAGCAUUGAUUGGGAAGACUAUAUGAUGAAUGUUCAUAUUCCUGGUCUUGUUAAAUAUGUGAUUAACUAA